AUAGAUUGCAGGGUUGCAACGUGAAGAGGAAACACGUGAUCUCCACAGAAGGCGGAAAUAGGUCUGCUCUACCUCCGUAUGCAGACGCGAGCUCCAUGACAAAAUGCAUGUCUCAAUCUUUAACCUUAACUCAAAGAUUGCAUUGGAAGAAUGCAACACGUGCUGUAAUAAACUGUUCCACUGCCCUAUUUGCCCCAACUUUGACCCCACUGUGAAGGAAAGGAUUGAGAAACACAUGAACCACCACAUUAGUCACGGUUUGCCCUACAAAGACAAAAUCUUACUCCGAUGCAGCCUUCAGUGUAGGCCACAUGGACAUUUCCACUGCCCUCUCUGCUCUAGGACAGUCAUGCGCCGCUUGGAUAUGAAGAGGCAUUUACUGAUAUGUCAGGGAGUCAUCGAAAACGAUCCAAGCCCUGAGACAUGUCUGCCACCCCCCUCACCCCCUAAGGACCCACUGAUCAGGCUACUUUCUUCACCCUCUGUGAAGCCUCUCCUACAAGUCGCCCCUCCCUCCAAGAAGCCUAUCCUGCAAGAUGCUCCACCCUCCGUGAAGCCUCUCCUGCCAGACGCUCCACCCUCCCCUCUACCAGACAUGGUACCUGGUCCAGUGUCCGAUCCGCAGCCCUCCACGUCUUCGGACGAACAUUCUUAUUCUCAAUCAUCUGGGUCUGAUGUAACCAUGGCUUAUGGAAACGCAGUGAAAUGCCCUCAUUGUAACAAUAAUAUUUACUUGCUUAUGUUCAACAAACCUCCCACUUUUAACGUGAGCAACUGAAAAUUGCUCAAUGGAAGUUCAACAGUUCAGUGAAAGUCUCCCCCGGUGCAAAAUUCUUUUCAGGCUGAAAACGGACUAAGUAAACACUAACAGGAUGAACA